CAGUUGACAAAUGUCUUUGUCUACACUCAACACUGCGUGUAAACCGUAAUUUUAUUUUUUAACAGCAAAACACGUGUAGGUACGCAAAAUGCGUAUCGAAACUUGUUAUUUCUGUUCUUCCAGGAUAUAUCCUGGUCAUGGUAUCCAAUUCGUGAGAAAUGACUGCAAGAUUUUCAGAUUCUGCAGAUCAAAAUGUCAUGCUGCAUUCAAAAAGAAGAAGAAUCCACGUAAAACCAAAUGGACCAAAGCGUAUCGUAAGACAGCAGGCAAGGAAUUGGCUAUUGAUCCAUCGUUUGAAUUCGAGAAACGCCGUCACGCACCUGUAAAAUACAACAGAGAAUUAUGGACUAAAACUAUUGAAGCGAUGAAGAAAGUGGAAGAGAUUCGGCAGAGACGUGCGAAUAAUUAUAUAAUGCAAAGGCUAAGGAAGGGACGUGAAGUGGAAUGGCAGAGGGAUGUUAGAGAAGUACAGAGAGAUAUAUCACUUAUAAGAUCACCAGCAGCCGGUCUGAAGCAGAGACAAGCAUUAGAGGCCACUGAAAUGGAAGUAGAACCAGAAACAAUAGAAGUAGUUGAUUCUAAGGGAAGAAAGCAAAUUAUUGAAGCACCUGUUAUGGUUCCGGCCACUGCAGAAAUGAUAGAGGAUGGAGGGGAGGUUGAUUUGUAGAUGUGAUGCAACUUGAUUCAUCUAAGGGGCAAUGCCUUUCCCAUUUAGCUUCUUGGGAAUAUAAAAUUCUGACCAAUAAAUACCACAUCUGCACUUGCUACCUUGAGAGUACAUGCCAAGUCUCGCUAACUGAGUAAUUUUAUAAGCUUUGAUACUUUUUAAACUGAAACAGAUAAACAAAUUAUUGUACAUAGCAAGACACAAUUAUUAUUAAUAAUAAAUUUUAUUUCCAGUCAGUGAAUAUGUGAACAAACAACAACUAUUUGUGCUGUGGUAUCUCACUUUAUUACAUGAAUUUUAAUCAUUAAUUGAAUAACUUCCACAAAAAAGUUCAGUCUAGCUAAGUAUAUUUACACUGUUUCAAGAAACCAUUGUAUUGUGCUAUUUACAUGUUUUGUUUUGUGACGGAUACAAAAUUAUAUUUGUCAUUUAAAUGCUAAAUAAUUUUUAAGAUCUUACAAUUCAUAAUUAACAUAUUUAAUUUGUGCUAAAAUUGAAGAAUAAUAUCGGAUAUGAACCCACAUGGUUAUAUCUAUAUAACUCAUAAGAUAUUUAGUGUAUUGGUUAGAGAAUGUGAUAAUUUUUGUGUUGUUAUUUUAGACUUAUUACUUCACAUCUUUAAACUUUGCUAAGCUUAUAAUGUCAUCUGUAAAUUGGUAUUAUACAGGGCUACAGUUUUUGUUUUUCUUGAAUACUUUUUGUAAUUAUAAAAAAUGUGAAUAAAGUAUACUGU